AUGAUUCAUUCACGAGAAACUGCACACAAAUGUUUAGUAAACAACAAAACCGACAAAAAUGAUUCUCAUACCCAUGACCAGAGCACACCAUCCGCUGAGAAAACCUCAAGGACACCAUCUAAAGACCGAACUAAUAGAAGCUUCAACGCAUUGUUUCCAUACAUUGAUUACAAUCGAUUUGGAAUGGAGUGGGUGGAUAUUGUUGAUGAGAUUGAAUGGGUAAACAGGCACAUAAAUGUUGAACCAAGGAACUAUGAAGUACCAUUCGACAUUGGAAAUGGAACUUUAGGACAAACAUCUGUUUUCAAAACAAGAGCUACAUUACAGUCCGAUAAGAAUAUAUACAAGGGGACUUUUAUCAGAAUCUCCAUUGUAACAUUUGACGACAACGGCCGUUCCCGAAAUAAGGGAGGAGAUUUCUUUUCCGCUCGAAUGUCUAAUGAUUAUCUACAAAAGAGCACAGCAGGUCGAGUAAUAGACCAUGGGAACGGCACUUACUCCGUGUAUUUCUACGCAGCUUGGGCAGGAAAAGCACGAAUUACCAUAGCACUUACAUUUGUGAGGGAGUUCAUCCACUAUAUCAAAGAUUCAUUGAAAACAAAAGAGCAGUUACUUGAGUUUACAGGCACUUACUUGGACAAAAACGUUACCGAGGAAACGACUUGUCGUCUGAUAAAUGAGGGGGUAUGGAGUGACAUGUGCGAAUACACAAAUCAGAACUCCAUUGGAAAAACUGUACUUGUGUGCAAUAAGCCCAAGAACAUCGACUGCUCUAAACUCUAUUCAAUGAGUGUUUUAGCAGUAAGACUGAACUCACUUGCAGCAUCGGAAAUUAUUCGUACUAAAAGCCUAUUUGACAGAAAAACCGACAGGGUAGUACUCCAAGGCAUGCCAAUGGCAGUGACUAUACAAGAUUCAACAAUAGAUUCUCCUAAGUUACCAAACUGCGGACCAGAUUUGCCAAUACCGCUAUCAGAUGGCUACUGGGACAACAAUCGGACAUAUAUUUCUAAGGUAUGUCGAAGUCAACAGUGGACACAGGAACAAUUUGACAAAUGUGCAGCUAACAAGAUAUUCGUGGGUAGUGGUGAUUCUGCAUUACGGGAAUUCAUUGACAUUUUCAAAGAAUUCAAUAGUCAUUUUGACUUCCACUUCAUGACGCCAAGAAUUGCAGGACCUCAUAUCUCUAUAUGGGAACCAAUGUUUGAAAGUGACAUCAUAGACAAUAUAUCUCAAAGUGAUUGUCGGUUACACAACUAUGUAGUGCUUCUAAACUUCUGUUUUCAUUACGGUGCGUGGUCGACCAGAUCAUUUGUAGAACGUCUCGUUCAGGUAAAGCUUUCUGUUGAAAGACUUAUGAAACGAUGUCGAGAUCCUAAAAUUGUAAUUAAAAUGAGCCAUUCACGGGACAAUGUAUACAUAGAACAGCAAAUCCAUAGUAACAAUUGGUCUUUCUAUGACAUGAACAGAAUCAUUCGUCGUGUGUUCGGGGGAAUAGGGGUGCAUUUUCUGGAUAUUUGGGAUAUGGUGAUUUCUUCUUUCCAUGACAUAACAGUUCACAUGGACAGAGAUGUGGUGAUGCAGGAAUUUUACCUCAUGCUUUCGUAUAUUUGUCCAGAAUUAGUGGAAUCAUAG